ACUGGAUUUGCAGAUCUCAAUGAUAAUUUAAUCUUGGAUAGAUUAAGUGAGUCAUUUGGAACUUUUGAUGAUAGAUUUUCCGGAUUUAACAGUAACAGUUGGGCACUUAUCAAGGAAUUAUCUUUAUCUGAUGAAUUUAUUAAAUUCCUAAGAACUAUAGCAGAGCAUGACAUGAAAAAUUUAAUUAAUGGAGUAGACGAGCACUCAGAUACAAGGCUGAUUCAAGAAGAUACAGUUUCUUCACUUAUUCAAGUUAAACAAUGCUUACUUCCGUUGAUGAAUAAAACAAAUCUAACUUUGGAUAGAUUUUUGAAGGAUUUAAAUGAGAUUGUUGAUAAAAAUCCUUCAUUAGCGAGUAAAUUAACAUUAUGUAAUAGCAAUAGUAUGGCAUUGCAAAAUAUGUAUAAAACCAUAUCAAAUAGAGGUGAAGUUACAAAGGAAAAGAUUCAAAAUGCUGUAAAUAUCGGUACAUAUUAUUUCAUUAAAGAGGAAAAAGAAGAUGAAUGUAUUUUGACAUUGAAAUAUUACUCUAAAUCCUCUAAGUCGGAGAGUAAUUACGAUAUAAAUGCGUUACAGGAUUUACGAGGCAGAGCACUUUUAAUAUCAAAGCCUGGUGGUUCCUAUGAUUCAAAUGGGCAAAUUGAUAAUACCAAAAGCAUAAUGGAAGACUUUGUAUCACAAUUUGAUAUUGCCCAAAAUAUAGUUAAUAUAAUGAACAAAUUGACUCAAUUAGGACAUUUUGGAUAUCGAAAAUAUAAUGAAUCAGUCAAAGGCACAAAUAGAUUAAGGCUGAUAUCAGAAAAACUAAAAAAGGAAUUGGAACUUUGGGAAAAUAUUGUAGACAGAGCGCAAGAAAAUUGUUACUAUUUAACUUUUUAUCCAGCAAAACACAUAUUAGCAUUUUAUGAUUUCUACACGAAAGAAAAACAACCUCAUAUAUCAGAGAUUUGCCAAACGCUCGUAUCAUUUGUUAAUCGAAAAGCAAGAUUACAAAAAAGUCAAGGAUUUAGUUAUAAAAGGGAUGAUUAUUAUCAAAUUUUAAAAGAAAUUGGUGAUAAAUUAAAAUAUAUAUUUGAAAAGCUUCCAAAAAUUCCGCGCUCAAUAAAAGGUUCUGGAGAACGUGUGGUUUCGGACGUAGUGGAAUGUGGAGGAUUAUUUGUCGCGGCUUGUGGCGAUAAGUCUAGAGUUCCUAAUAUUAUAAUGUCAUUUUAUGCUAAUCAUGGAUCUUAUCCUGAACCUUGGCAAUUAUUGAUAUGUACAUCAUCAACCACAGAAGAAGAACUCUCAAUUUUUAUCAAACGGUGUUUUUUCGCGUCAAAAAAUGGAUAUAAAAAUUACUUAUUCUGCAUUGCAAAUUUAGAAUUACUAGAUUUCGAAUUACAAUAUGAUU